GCGCUUUUUCCAUACAAAACAGCCAUUCCAUCAUUCUGCGACCACCACAAUCCAAACACACAGUGACACACACACACACUCUCCUCCUUCACCACCACCACCGCCGCCGAAAUGACCUUUCACGACGUCCGUCACCGUCACCGCUACCUCCACCUCCUCUACCUCACCAUCCUCCUCCUCACCACCUCCACCACCGGCGACGACGCCGCCGUCAUGUCAAAACUCUCCACCUCUUUAUCCCCCACCCCAUCCUCCUGGUCAACCAACACCGACUUCUGCAAAUGGGACGGAAUAACCUGCGACAAUUCUAACCGUGUAACCGCAAUAAACCUCCCUUCAAAAUCCCUCACCGGAUCCCUACCGUCCGAUCUAAACAGCCUCUCACAACUCAAAACCCUAGCCGUACAACGCAAUUCCAUCGGUGGCGUCUUACCAACCCUAGCAAACCUCACUCUGCUAGAACAAGUUAUUCUAGACAGCAACAAUUUCACUGCAAUACCUACAGAUUUUUUUACCGGUCUCACCAAUCUUCAAUCGUUUAGUAUCACGGAUAAUCCGGAUAUGUCUUCAUGGACAAUUCCUGAAAAUCUUAACCAGAAUACAAACCUACAAAGUUUUCAGGCUGGUAACGCUAACAUAAUGGGUGGUAUUCCUGAUAUUUUUGACAAAUUCCCUAAUUUGCAAAACCUCCGUUUGUCUUAUAAUAAUAUUACUGGCGCUUUGCCGGUUAGUUUUGGUGGGUCGCAGAUUCGGAAUUUGUGGUUGAAUAAUCAGAAGCAAGGGCUUUCUGGUACGCUUGAUGUUCUGUCUUCCAUGACUCAGUUGGAACAGGUUUGGUUGCAGGCUAAUGUGUUUACUGGUGCUAUACCGGACCUUUCGAAUUGUACUGGUUUGUUUGAUUUGCAACUUAGGGAUAAUCAGUUGACGGGUUUGGUUCCUGCAUCGGUUAUGUCUCUGCCGAAAUUGGUGAAUGUUACUUUGCAAAACAAUAGGUUGCAAGGUCCAUUGCCAGUGUUUGGUAGUGGUGUUGUGGCUGAGUUAGGAAGUAGUAGUACCAAUAGUUUCUGUUUAACUACUCCUGGACCUUGUGAGCCUCAGGUGAUGGUGCUGCUUGAGGUUGCUGGUGCGAUCGGGUAUCCGUUGUCGUUGGCGCAGUCUUGGGAAGGUAAUGAUGCUUGUCAGAAAUGGAGUUUUAUUAGUUGUGAUUCGUCUGGGAAGUAUGUUACGAGUGUUAACUUUGGAAAACAGAAGUUUUCUGGUACUAUUUCGCCGGCGUUUGCGAAUUUGACUUCGUUAAGGAGUUUAUCGUUGAAUGAUAAUAAUCUUGUGGAUUCAAUCCCUGAGGUUUUGACAUCCUUGCCAAAUCUGCAACUUCUUGAUGUGUCGAAUAACAAUCUAUCGGGCAAGAUACCAGUUUUUCCAGAAAGGGUGAAGUUUGUGCAUACGGGUAAUGUUUUAUUGGGUCAGGAUGUGUCUGGCGGGCCGCCUGGGUCUGAACCGGGUUCUGGUGAUACAGGUGGGAACUCGAGCGGGUCAACAAAAGGGGUUUCGGGUGGUUUGAUUGCCGGGAUUGUCAUUGGUGUUCUUGUUUUUGUUGUGAUUAUAUUGUUUGUGUGUUACAAGUGUUAUCUCAAGAAGAAGAACCAAAAGCCCAAGACUGUUCAAGAUCCUGAAAAGGGUAAAGAAGCGGUUAAAGCUAGUGACUUACAAAGUCAAAGUAGCGGUGACCAGACCGAAAUGUCGGUGUUUGAAGGUGGCAGUAUUGUAAUUUCCAUCCAAGUUCUUCGAGAAGCCACCAACAACUUUAGUGAAGAAAAUGUAUUGGGAAGAGGUGGAUUUGGGGUCGUUUACAAAGGGAUAUUACAAAACGGGACUAAAAUAGCAGUCAAAAGAAUGGACUCGGGUGUGAUGGGGACAAAAGGGUUGAAAGAGUUUCAAGCAGAGAUCGCGGUUCUAACAAAAGUUAGACACAGGCAUCUCGUGGCUCUUCUUGGAUACUGUAUGAACGGUAACGAGAGGCUUUUGGUUUAUGAGUACAUGCCACAAGGAACUUUAAGUCAACAUUUGUUUGAAUGGAGGGAGCAUAAAACCAACCCGCUAAGUUGGAAGCAACGAGUUUCGAUUGCUUUGGAUGUUGGGAGGGGGGUUGAGUAUUUGCAUAGUUUGGCCCAACAAAGUUUUAUUCAUAGAGAUUUAAAGCCGUCUAAUAUUCUUCUUGGUGAUGAUAUGAGGGCUAAAGUUGCAGACUUCGGUUUGGUGAAAAGCACGCCUGAUGCGAAGCACUCCAUGGAGACCCGAGUGGCUGGAACUUUUGGUUAUCUUGCACCCGAAUAUGCUGCUACCGGAAGAGUGACUACAAAAGUGGAUGUUUAUGCAUUUGGAGUGGUGUUAAUGGAACUGAUAACGGGCCGAAAAGCGUUAGACGACACUUUGACCGAUGAAAAAAGUCAUCUGGUGACAUGGUUCCGUCGGGCUCUAAUCUCAGAAAACAUAGUAAAAGCUAUUGACCAAACUUUAGACACUGAUGAAGAAGACACCCUAGAAAGCAUCUGCAAGGUGGCGGAGCUGGCAGGACACUGCACUGCACGUGAGCCAUAUCAAAGACCCGACAUGGGUCAUGCGGUUAAUGUGUUGGGCCUUCUUGUGGAACAAUGGAAGCCCUCGCAACCCGAUGAGGAUGAUGGUUAUGGCAUUGGUGACCAUAUGAGUGUUCCUCAGCUUCUUCAACAAUUGCAGGCUGAUGAAGGUACUUCUAGAAUGUUUGAUGAUUCGUUCGAUCAAACUCAGUCGAGUAUUAUCUCCAAACCGCCGGGUCUUGUUGACACAUUUGGUACAUCGGGCCGGUAGCCUUAAAAGGUCAAGUUUUGAUCAGAAUUUGUAAAGAAAAGAUGAACAUUUACAUUUACAUUUACAUUUCCUGCUUAUUUUGUUUCUUUGAUUUGUUCAUUCUUUGACAUUAGAGGCUAAAUUCUUCCAAAGUUAUGUUCUUUACUUUGUUUGUUGACAUUUUUUGUAUAAUCUUUUUGAUUGCAAGAGAUGUAUAGGUGUUGGGAAGACACUUGAAUUUUUAUUUAUUUAUAUAUUGUAAUUAAUAUUAUGUACAUUUUUUGUUU